ACAGAGAAGGACCCAGGAACAAUUGGCAAACCACGGCAUAAUAUCACACUAAUCCAAGCUACAGCAGCCACAUAUUUUCUGCAAAGUCUUGCACUGAAAAGUCCAACCGAAUUCCAUGAGCAAAGAAAAAAUUUGGAUAGUGACAAGACUGAAAAUUCCCUGAAGCACAGAGCCCGAAACAGGUCUGACCGUGCAGACUUGGUUAAUAUGCACAUACUCCAAGCCUCCACUGCAGAGAGGUCCAUUCCAACUGCUCAGAUGAAGCUGAAAAGAGCCCGCCUUGCCGAUGAUCUCAAUGAAAAAAUUGCUCUCCGACCGGGGCCCCUGGAGUUGGUGGAGAAGAACAUUCUCCCUGUGGAUUCUGCUGUGAAAGAGGCCAUAAAAGGUAACCAGGUCAGUUUCUCUAAAUCAGCCGACGCAUUUGCCUUUGAAGAGGACAGCAGCAGUGAUGGGCUUUCUCCAGAUCAGACUCGAAGUGAAGACCCCCCGGGCUCAGCAGGAUCCCCCCCAGAUGCCAAAGCCUCAGAGACCAAUUUGGCAGGGCCUCGGGGAACAACCCAGGAUCUCACUUCUGGGUCAGAAAAUGACAAGAGUGACUCAGCCUCACAGCCUGGCCACCAGUUAGACUCGGGGAAGCAGGGGCUUGGCCCCGCCAGCACUGCCACCCCCAUGCACGCUGCUGUGAAGUCCAAGUCCUUGGGGGACAGUAAGAACCGCCACAAAAAGCCCAAGGACCCCAAGCCAAAAGUGAAGAAGCUCAAAUAUCAUCAGUACAUUCCCCCAGACCAGAAGGCAGAGAAGUCCCCUCCGCCCAUGGACUCAGCCUACGCCCGGCUGCUGCAGCAGCAGCAGCUGUUCCUGCAGCUCCAGAUCCUCAGCCAGCAGCAGCAGCAGCAGCACCGAUUCAGCUACCCUGGGAUGCACCAAGCUCAACUUAAAGAACAAAAUGAACAGAUGGUCAGAAAUUCAAGCUCUUCUUCAACACCACUGAGCAAUACCCCCUUGUCCCCUGUCAAAAACAGUUUUUCUGGACAAACUGGCGUCUCUUCUCUCAAUCCAGGCCCACUACCGCCUAACCUGGAUGACCUCAAGGUCUCUGAACUAAGACAACAGCUCCGCAUCCGCGGCCUGCCGGUGUCCGGCACCAAGACGGCCCUCAUGGACCGGCUCCGGCCCUUCCAGGACUGUUCCGGCAACCCGGUGCCGAACUUUGGGGACAUAACGACUGUCACGUUCCCCGUCACCCCCAGCACGCUGCCCAGUUACCAGUCCUCCCCCUCCGCCAGCGCCUUGUCCAAUGGCUUCUACCACUUGGGCAGCACCAGCUCCAGCCCCCCGAUCUCCCCGGCCUCGUCCGACCUGUCGGUGGCCGGGUCCCUGCCGGACGCCUUCACCGACGCCUCCCAGUCCUUCAGCCUGCGCGCGUCCCCGGCGCACGUGUGCGCGGAGGAGACCCUGGUGAGCAGCCUGAGCGCCGGCUCUGCGGGGUCCGAGCUGGACGGGCUGGACUCGGAGAAGGACAAGAUGCUGGUGGAGAAGCAGAAGGUGAUCAACGAGCUGACCUGGAAACUCCAGCAGGAGCAGCGGCAGGUGGAGGAGCUGCGGAUGCAGCUGCAGAAGCAGAAGAGGAGCAGCUGCUCCCAGAAGAAGCCACUGCCUUUCCUGGCUGCCCCCAUCAAGCAGGAAGAGGCCGUCUCCAGCUGUCCCUUCGCGUCCCAACAAACACCUGUGAAAAGACAAAGCGACGGCUCGGAGGCGCCCCCGCAGGCCUGCGCGGCUGCUCACCCGCCCAGUGGAGGCGCCCAUUGCGUGGAGUCCUCGGCUCCAACCAGUGUGCUUUCUUCCACGUUUCUCAGUCCCCAGUGCUCCCCGCAGCAUUCGCCGCUCGGGGUUAUGAAGAGCCCACAGCACAUCAGUCUGCCCCCGUCGCCCAACAACCCUUACUUCCUGCCCUCGUCUUCAGGGGCCCAGGGAGAAGGGCACGCGGUCCCCUCGCCCAGCAGCAGCCAGGCAUGCCCUGCACAGAACUCAGGGGCUCAUGAUGGCCAUCCUCCAAGCUUCUCUCCCCAUUCUUCCAGCCUCUGUCCACCUUUUCCUGGAGCCCAGGCAGACAGCAGUCAUGGUACUGGGGGCAACUCCUGUCCCAAAAGCCCAAGUGUACAGCAAAAGAUGGCUGGUUUACACUCUUCAGAUAAGAUGGGGCCAAAGUUUUCAAUUCCAUCCUCAACUUUUUCUAAGUCAAGUUCAACAGUUUCAGAGAUAACACAGCCUCCCUCCUAUGAAGAUGCUGUAAAGCAGCAAAUGACUCGGAGUCAGCAGAUGGAUGAACUCUUGGAUGUCCUCAUUGAAAGUGGAGAAAUGCCAGCUGAUGCCAGAGAGGAUCAUUCAUGUCUUCAAAAAGUCCCAAAAAUACCUGGGCCUUCCCGGAGCCCAACUGCUAUCCUGCCCAAAUCCUUGGCGUCCUUUGAACAAGUGUCUUCAGGAGGCCAGCUGCCCUUUGACCACUAUACUGCUGACGGUGAUGAGCACCUUGAAGUCUUAUUAAAUUCCCAGAGUCCUUUAGGAAAGGUGAGUGAUGUCGCCCUUCUGAAAAUAGGGGGUGAGGAGCCUCCUUUUGACGGGAUCAUGGAUGGGUUCUCUGGGAAGGCUGCAGAAGACCUCUUCAAUGCGCAUGAGAUCCUCCCAGGCCCCCUGUCCCCGAUGCACACGCAGUUCUCACCCUCUUCUGUGGACAGCAGUGGGCUGCAGCUGAGCUUCACUGAGUCUCCUUGGGAAACCAUGGAGUGGUUGGACCUCACGCCACCAAGUUCUACACCAGGCUUUAGCUCCGUCACCACCAGUGGCCCCAGCAUCUUUAACAUUGAUUUCCUGGAUGUCACAGAUCUCAAUUUGAAUUCUCCCAUGGACCUUCACCUACAGCAAUGGUAGAAUGCCUGAUCCAACAGUGCUAAGGAAGACCAAGAGGUAUUCCAUGGGGAAAGCACACAACCAUAAAUGUUUUUACUACCCAAAAGAAGAAGGAAGUUAAAGAGAAGCAAUGGAUACUUCCAUGACAAUCAACAAGAAAAAAUAGGAGUCAUUUUUAAAAAUAUAUAUAAUGUAAUAUUUACCAAUAUUCAGUAACUAUUAAUGAUUUCAACAAUGCAAUCAAAAAUUUGCUUUCUCAGAUUAUUAAGGCUGACCCCCACCCAAAAUUCUUUCACUGCUUUUUCAAAGUAUUUUUUUCUAGCCCAUCAUUUUUUCUCAGGCAUUGUUGGGGCAGAAGCUGAUACACACUGUAAGCUUUUCUCAUGAAUUUACUAGACAUCUGUGUGAAGAAAAUGUAAAGUCUUUUGGGAGUAUAGGGAAGGCAGCCCCUCAAAGGUGAUGGGAGACACACCCGUAUGGAGGCUGCUGCCUGGGUCUCCAUUUCCUGUCUUUCAAAAGAGACACCAGAUCUAGCAUCAGUAAAGGAGCUCUUGAGACAAUCAAGGGACAGAACUGAUCCAUUCCCAGGGAAGCAAAUUCAAUUCAACAUCCCUCUGCCAGGGAGGUCCAGCCCCAUUGGAGGUAGCCAGGACUCUCUGUGGUCACUGAAAAUAUCUUACUUGCCUUUAGUCCAGAGAACUCCACCCAGAACUUUAUUCUGUUUAAACCCGUGGCCCAAUCAUUCCCACCAUCUCUGUGACAACCCUGAAGCAUGAAAAAUUCCUGCCCCUGAAGGAGAGAUCUCUGGUUCUCCAAAACACCUCCCUUUAGUUCAAAGACCAGAGAUAACCACAGAGGCAGAGAGAAAGAUAUCUGUAAGCACAGGAAACCACAUCAGGGAUCCUUCAGACAGGACUAGAGAACAAUAUUGUUCCCCAUACCCUGGGAAUAAAUACCAUGGGUUACUAUAACAGGAUUAUCACUUACGGGGUCCAACUAAUUUGGGGGAUUUUUUUGUUUGUUUGUUUGUUGGUUUUGUUUUUGUUUUCUUAUUACCAGUUUUUUUCCCCACUCUACUUUUCUUUCUAGAUACCAAUCCAUUCUUGCCCCUCUUUGACAGUCUUUCUUUUUCUGCCCCACCAUUAAAAGGGGAGGACUUCUCGGUUCUCACAAGCUGCCAUACUCCCAAUAAAGCCAUUUUUCAAAAUAUUGACAGUCCAGUUUCUUCUGGAGAACUCAUUCUCCAUAUGCACAGUUUGCUGUGAAAAGAAGUCAUACAAAUUUCCUCAGGAAGAAACCAGUGACUAGGCCCAUCAGUCACAAAGAUCAUUCUAUUCUCAUUGGACUAAUAAGCAAACACUGGUUUCUGUUGCCCUGGGGAAAUUGGAAAUCAUUACAGUAUAAAGAUAAAUGUGGAGGAUAUAUACAGGAGAAGGAGUAUACCAGAGUUUCUGAAAGAAAACACAAUUGCACAUUGAAAGCGAUGGAAAGAAAAGACAUUGAUCUAAUAAUGUGUAUUCCUUAUUACCUCUCGUGCUCUGGCUGGGAGUUGGAAAAAACUCAAAUUGCAGGACAGUUUCUGGGAGGCUCACUGUGGCUCCAAUUCACCAUUUUCUAGUGUUGCAUGCUGUAGAAAGGCGCUAUUGCUGUUGUUUUGUUUUUUUAUUUAAAUCACUAAGGCACCGUUUUCUUCUUUUGUAAAAAAAAAAAAUGUUCACUGUGCACUUAUAGAGAAGAUAAUCAAAAAUAUUGUGAUUUUAGAAGUUCUCUUUUUGAUAAACCAAAGAUUUAGAAGUCAUUCCAUUGUUAACUUGUAAAAAUGUGUGAACACAGUGUUUUUGUUGACUGUUACUCUGAAAGCUGCCAAAUCUUAUUCUAGGGGAUGGGGGUGGGUAAAAUACACACACACACACGUGUGUAUAGAUAUAUACAUAUGUGUGUACAGGUGUGUGCACGUAUCCUGAAAAGCAGUGUCACAGAGUUCUAUGCCAAAAGCCUUUAACUCUGCUGUGAAUGGUUUCUGGCCUUUCUCAAUACGAGUUCCUGAUUAAUCAACCAGACUACACAUUGCCUCUCUGUGUAUGACUAAUGGCUCCAGCCGAUGACUCACAGCCACUUGCUUACCGUGAACAAGCUCAUCUUGGCAAUGAAUAUGGAUGUGAAAAGACAGAUCAACUCCACCAUUAGCAGCUGAAAUGGUAGCAAAAUCUCUUAUAGAGGAGCAUGAAAGAAACAUGAAAAUCAUUUUACAUUCCUUGAUCCACACAGUAAAUGUUUUAUUUUGCUUUUAUGUCAGUCGUCAGAUCCAAAAAUCUAGAGGGGAAAAUUAUCAGGGUUUUCUUUGAAGAUGAAGCUACAGGGAGGAAAACCUUAUUCACACAUUCCAUACAUUUGUUCAUUCCUCAGCUGUGGCCUUUUGGGGUCUUGGCAGAGCUUGCUGGAGAGCACCCUUUUUAGGUGUCCUGUUUUAUUACUUGUAUGUUAUUUCCACCCCCAACCCCUUUACUUUCUUUGAAAAACAAAAUCACAUGCUUUCCCUACUCUGAGACCCUGGUCAGAGUGUUAAUUAUUUUUUUCCUUUGGGUAUUUGUAUCUGAGAGACUAGACCUAGUUUGAAAGCCUUUGUCCUUUGCCAGAGUGUGUCUUUUCACUGGGAUCUUUCUAGACAUUUCCCAGGACUGACAAACGCACCUCACAGUUCACAGAAGACAAGAGGGAUCCUGUCUACUGCUGCAGCCCAGCACAGUUCAAAGAGUAGAUUCCUGGACAACCAGUCUCCACCUCCCACAGUUGCCACAAAACAUAUUCAUCCCAUCUCCUCUUGGCGCAGAUGUGAGAUUUGGGAAUGGGUGGCGAUAAUUGGAAGAAAAUUGAUGGAAAGUGGCUGCUCCCAGGAGAUCAGAUAAUCCAUGUAAAUUUGUCUGUCUCCUGUUGGGGAUUUUUAUUUUAAAUUCAUUUAAACUUUAAGUUGUGUCCCCUUUUGUAGUGACAGAUGACUAAAAGAUGCAUAGUGACUUAUGAAGAUGCCCACAUUCAAGUUUUUGAAUGCCCCUAGGGCCCAAAGAUGACCACAGGCAGUAUUUUUAAGUCCACUGGAGCCCCCAUGGUGAGGGACUUGCAGGGAUUCCCAGGAUUGCCAUAGUCCAGUGGAGUCGUACGUAUCAAGGGAGUCAGAGAACGUAUUUGUGCAAAUGCUUUUAGUGAGCCAGAGCUCAUUAGUAGCAGCCCUACUUCUAACAAUAUUGAGACAACACACAUUCUAAGAGGAGGGAGAGAAAGAAAGAGAGAGAGGGAGAGAGAGAGAAGAAGAAGAAGAAAGGAAAGGAGGGAGGAGGAAUAAAAGAGUCCAACUUCCUGAUCUAUGAACCUGUCAGUUCAGCAAAAGUUGUCACAUUAUGAAAACUGUAUCACAAAUUUUUAAAUGAGAAAUGGUUCUUAACCAUACAGAUUGUACCAGUAAAGGAAAAAACCAAGGCAGCAUCCAAUUGAAUCAUCAAGGGUCUAUCAACCAUUAGCCUGUGCCCUUCAAAAACAUUUAUUUCCAUUCUAAAGAAAAAGUUGGAAGGGAGAAUCAAUAAAACCUAUCCCAAACAUUUAAGAUGGUUUUUUUUUUUUCCCCCAAAUAUUAUUUAUUUUAAAUUCGGUCAACUCUUCUAGGAACAGAUUCUGGUUUGGCUGAAAACUCCUACACCAAAUCGAUUCAUGCAAUGGAUAAUUAAUUGGUGACUACCACGGGCAGAGCACACAAACCUUCAGAUCUCCAAUAUGAAUUGAUUCGGCAGACUUUUCAGAUUUCAAAUGACUGGGGACUUGUAGUUUCUAUAAACAAGCACAAAAAGUAUCUCCCGGUCCUUAUACCAGAAACCUUUUCAUUAUGAUAGAAAAGAUUUUCUUUUUUUUUUUUUUUUUUUUUUAGAGGAUAGAGUGAAGGGCCCUUUUUAGCUAAAAAGCUCUCUCCCAUGCUAAGACUCUUUCUUUUUUCUCUGUGGUCAAAUGGCAGUUGUCAUUCCCAUGGAGAUGUGUUAUUAUCUCCCACCAUUUAUAGCAUCUGUGAGAGUUUGAAGAUUUGUUUUGGUUGAGAGAUACAGAAACCCUUUGAAAAUAAAGGGAGGAAAGGAGGGAGAAACAUUAUGUUUUGUCUUACGCCUAUCCUCAAUUAUCAUAGCAAACUCACUAGGCAAAAGCAACCCAUAGUAGGGGGGAGAGAGGAUCUCAGGUGAGCCUCCAUCCCUUAAGUGAAAAGCUCCAAAGAGCAUGAAGUUAAUUUGGUCUUCCCUCCAGGCCUUGGCUGCCUUCCUCAGAGCAGGAAGCCCACACUGCUGGGUGCAGUUUGCUAUCAGAUAUGAGAAAACUUGGAGUGAAGAGAAUCUGAGGUCUUGGUUUUUUCAUAAAUCUAAUAUAAACCAGUAGGGUAGUACAGAUAUUUUAUUAGACAGAUGAUAUUAAUAGGCACACAGACUCCAGGUCCUGGAACAAGAUGGUCCCACAGUGCCUAAAGCUGGCCAGUUGUGUUAAGGAGCUGGGUUUGGUUCUGGAGGAACCCUGGCUAGGUUAAAAUUAUUUAUGAUUUCAAGUCAGGAAGGCAUCUGGGAUGAAUUUCACUAUUGUCUGCCAGGGGUAUUGUAAGAGGACUCAUUGGCUCCAAUAACAUGGAAGUUCCCUUCUGAUUCUAGAAUUUGGUGAUUUUCCCUGUGAAUGAACACAAACAACUCCCUGACUGUCUCUUGUGCUGAUUUUAACCCUCUGCUCCCAUUGUGGGCACUGGUAGCUUGUGUUAUUUUACAAAUGGUUUAACAGCUCCUGAGUUUUUGUGGGAAAAGGGAGUAUGAAGAUUAGGAUUCUGGAAGCUAUCGUUAUGUUUUCCAAAGGAACUGAACCUACACUGCCUGGAGUUCCUUUCCAAGGGGCCUGCACGAGGACUGAGGGCGUUGUACUGCUGAGUGCUUAAAACCUUCCUCGGGGAAGCACAGAGAGGUGCUUUCCACACAAAGGAUAAAGCAUCCUGCCUUCACUGUGGGACCCUGUGGAAUGGUGUUUUCAUGUUGGUCUCUUUUGCUCAACUCUACAUAACCAGAAAGAAAUGUGGGUGAGCAGGAAGGCAAGAAGCAAUGGCUAAAAUACCAAAGUGGGCAUGUGUUCUUUUAAAAAAUAAAAUAAAAAAUGCGUA